AUGGAAAAGCGAUUCACCAGAUAUAUCGUAGAAAUAUGGCUUCUCUACUUCUUCGGGGCUCUAGCAAUCGCUGCCCGGAUCUAUUGUCGAACCAAAUUUGUCGGGACCAGGGGCUAUCAAUUAGAUGACUAUAUCAUCGUCGCUGUGUUUUGCAUGUGGACAGCAGCACCUGUGAUAGGUCAUAUAUUCCUUGCCGUCUGCGAAGGUCGGCAUACCUCCCAAUUGACACACGAACAACGACAAAAUAUGCCGCCUGAACAAUACCAUGAUUGGGAAUAUGGCUCCCAGAUAUUUUUAUUUGGCCUUUCCAAUUAUUUCAUAAUAAUAUGGACGUUGAAGUUCAACAUGUUGUUGUUCUAUGAGCGUAUCGUCAGGGGAUUAUGGGUCGAGAAUUUCAUCAAACCAGUGAUGGGACUGGUGCUACUUUCCGCAGUCGUUAUAGUAUUGACACUCAGCCUCUACUGCCACCCCUUUCAUGCGCUGUGGCAAGUCUGGCCCGAUCCUGGAUCUCAUUGUGUGCCGCAGAACGAGGUUUUCUUUACCAUUAUUUUGGCAUUCAACUUACUCACUGACAUUUGCAUCAUGCUCAUCCCGGCGCCGGUUAUCAUCGGGUUACACACAAGUCGGCUCCAGAAGGUCGGACUUGUCUUUCUCUUUAGCCUCGGGUUCUUCUGCAUGUUUGCAGCGAUUCUUCGCUAUGUGCUAGUAUUCCACUUGACCGAAAUGGGCGUUUCAGCUCUGUGGUCUAUGCGUGAAGACUUCGUGGGGAUAGUGGCGGGCCAAUUACCCCUCAUUACGCCAAUGCUUAAACGGAAGUUCUGGAUUAAUCGUGAUCGUGCAUCGGAUAGAUAUCGUCACACACAUGGCCAUCACCAUGAUGGUAGAAAUGGUGGCUAUGAACUAGACUUGGGUCCAUAUGUUCAUGCUGGUAAAAGAAAGACUCGUGAUCCGUAUAGCUUAACUCAUAUCGGCGUGAGUCGGUUGGCACCUGGCAGCGAGGAAGAAAUCGUUAUAGUGGAAGGAAAGUUGGAUACAAUGGGCAAAUACAGCCCUCCUGACGGAAGCAUGAUCGAGCAUACAGCACACAUCGAGGAGUCCCCAUAGGGCGGGAAAUACGGCUGAUCUGAUCCCCAAGUUGGAAGGCAACUCGUUCCCGACAGAUAAACUGGAAUUGCGGAAAUGUCCUAGACAAUGGUAAAAUCAGUGUUGUGUCACGACAUAAGCCAUUUCGUUCGCUGCGAACGCCAUACAUCCAAUAUGAUGGAUACAUAUUCCGCGACAACCCGCAAAUGUACCAGGUACCUGUGCUCCCCUAGCAUAGACGCAAGUUAUCCCUUGCAGCUGAUGGCUACAUACCUAGUGCAAUAUCAUCAUAGGUAUCGCUUCAAAGUUUUAAUGGUGUAUGGUGCACUUCGAUAUAGAUUAAUAGUACGAGUUAU